UACCUACCCACGAGCUCGUGUUAGUCCAGCUAACCCAUAUAUCAGUGUCAGCUCUGGGGUAGUUUGAUCGUCCUGUUUUGGCAGAAAGCGAAGUGUGUAACCAAGGCACCGUUCAGUGUGGAGGGGCAGUCGUUGGCUGGCCUCUCCCAAGCACAUGACCAAGGCAUACUGUACAGAAACACGGCAUUGGCUUUUUCUCAGUACAUGUAUCGCAGCCUCGCCCGUCGCCAUCCAAACACCACACCAGCUUACCCCGCACUUGGGCAGGAAACCGAAAACUAGUCAUCUUUCACCCUUGCUCGGAAACCAUUUUGGAGAACGAUAUACUAUAAGGUUAGGUAUAUUGUGGUGUCAACAUGGUGACGUUUCCUAAAGCCGCGCGGUUCGAAAACCCGCGGCAGAGCUAUUGGAGGCCAAGUUCCCCCAGUCGCCCGGAAACCGGCCCAACCCAUACCAUUGCACCUCCAACUCGAUCAAAUCGAAGACGGACUCCCGCGUCCGCUGCGGCCCCUGCAGCUCAGAGGGCGGCAAGAGCGACGACAUCUGUGACAUCUCCCGCCCCUGCCGGUUCGUCCACUCCACAGAGCCCAAUCGCACAGUCACGGCGUCCGAGUCAACAUGGCCCACUUGCAGCCCAAAUCGUGGCUCCGGCCACCGAUGGCGCCCAAGAAGGCUCUCGAAACCAGCUCGCUCGUGCUAGCCCCAAGUCUGAUGACCUACCGAGCCCGUCCGUUGCUCCUUCUCGGGCACGAUCCACUGCAACUUCGUCGACUAGUAGUAGCUCUCGGCCACCAAGCCCUCCCAGCUCACCGCCAACUCCUCCGGGCGGCCCGGUCCCGCCAACAGGAGCUGGAUUCGACGCUCCUGACUCUGACAACGAAACUGUUCUGAAAAUUUGCAGAUCCAGGAUGACAGGAGGGGAGACCGUGUUCGUAAGACCACGGGGCCGUAAACCUCUGGAACUCUGUUGAAGGCCACGAACGCAGAAGAGCUGAGAAUGUGGAUCUUGCUUGUAGUCUGAGGGAGAAUGUCGGUAAACUAGGGCUUAUAUCAUGUACUGUACUUCUUUAUGGAGGAAUGACGAUUCGUGUCAGUGUCUAAAUCCAAACAUAA